AUGGGUUCGAUUGCGCUUCCUUAUAUCCAGAGCAACCCGAAAAUCAUCUUUUUCACUGAUUUCGAUGGCACAAUCACGUUGGAAGAUAGCAAUGACUAUCUGACCGACGAGCUGGGCUUUGGGUAUGCCAAGCGCAGAGAAGGAAACAGAGAAGUCCUGUCCGGCAGGGCCACCUUUAGGGACGUGUUCCGCGAAAUGCUAGAGAGCGUCAAACCCGGGUUCGCCGAAUGCAUCGAGAUCCUCAAGAGCAAGAUGAAGCUGGACCCGUACUUUCUCGAAUUCUACAACUGGGCCAAGGAGAACAACGUGCCCAUCGUCGUGGUCUCAUCCGGCAUGAUCCCGAUUAUCCAAGCACUGUUUGAAGCCUUUUUGGGCCACACGCCCGACCCCCGACACCUGACCAUUGUCGCCAACGAUGUCGAGAGCCGCGACGGCAAGGAUAUCAACAGCCCCGGAGGCUGGCAGAUUAAAUACCAUGACAACAGUCACUUUGGCCACGACAAGUCGCUGGAAAUCAAACCAUAUGCGGCUUUGCCGGCCGACAAGCGCCCAACUCUGCUAUAUGCUGGCGACGGCAUGUCUGAUCUGUCGGCAGCCCGUGAAACCGACCUGCUUUUCGCAAAGAAGGGACAGGACCUGGUCACGUAUUGUGAGGAAAACGGAGUGCCAUUCACCGUCUUUGAAGACUGGUCAACCAUUUUCGCCACAACAAAGGCGAUUUACCAGGGCGCGACCUCGGCCAAGAAGGUUGCUGCGCAAGCUGUAGAGCACCUACAGCCUCAGGCAGCCGAUUCCCGCUUCGCGACGGACGGCAGACUGCCAAAGAUGACUCGCCGCAUAAUUCGGACUGGGGUUCAGCUCACUGUUUUUGGUUUUGUUGUCUUUCUUUUGAUUCUUUUCAUCGAUAAACGCUUCCGCGUGCUUCCCAACUCGAUACACGGCCAUCUGCCCACGCACCACCCGGGCCUGGUCGUUACGGACGUUACUAUCACUACGUGUUCGGCGGUAAACGUCUUUUCUAGCUGUCGACUAGACCCGUCGGUGUGGUAUCGAGUCGACAAGGAUUUGUACCUGGGGAAUACCUGGUCGUCGAGUGCAUACGUGCACUAUCAGCGGAAACGAGAGGAGGACCUCCUCGACACCGACAAGGUCGUAGUCGAUCUUCGGAUUAGCAGGGUCGACCCGAACUCUGUCAAGGACAAGUCUUCUAGCCUUCCUGGAGAAUGGGAGUCCCGACCAGGCGGGAUCUGGCUCAAACGCAGCUCGGAGCCGCACGUUAGCGACUCCAAAAACGCUCUUACCUCUUUGGAUAUCCUGUUUGGCGCAGAUGCUGUUGAUCCGCGUCCGAAAUGGGAGGUCAAGGAUACGCCUAUUUUGUUGAACAGCCGGACCGAGAAUACCGAGGCGCGUAUCACUGUUCGUCGAGGAGUCCCGCCAACGAUUAAGAAGCCGGUGCCUCGCAUCAACGAAAGCGACCGGUUUAAAAUAAUGCAAGCCGCAGACCUACACCUCAGUACAGGUACUGGGAUCUGCCGAGAUCCCGUGCCAGAGGAAAGAGUGCCGGGAGAAAAAUGCGAAGCAGAUCCUCGCACAAUGGAAUUUGUCGAGAAGCUUCUCGACGACGAGAAGCCGGACCUGGUUGUCUUCUCUGGCGAUGAGGUGAAUGGCGAGACCUCCAAGGACGCCCAAAGCGCAGUGUUUAAAUUCGUCAAGCCUCUUGUGGAGCGCAAGAUUCCGUAUGCGGUUAUCUUUGGGAACCAUGACGACGAAGGCAACCUCAAUCGAGAGCAACUCAUGGAUUUGCUGAAAGAUCUGCCGUAUUCCCUGUCGUCUGCUGGACCGGAGGAUAUCGACGGGGUUGGGAAUUACGUUAUCGAGGUGCUCGGUCGAUCGACCACGCAUCACUCUGCGCUGACUUUAUAUUUGUUGGACACGCAUUCGUAUUCACCGGACGAGCGACAGUUUCGCGGGUACAACUGGAUCAAGCCCAGCCAGAUCAAGUGGUUCAAGAACACGUCGCAGGGCCUGAAGAAGAAGCACGACCAAUACACGCACAUGCACAUGAACAUGGCCUUUAUCCAUAUCCCAUUACCCGAGUAUCGGGGCAACGACAUACGGCCAUGGAAGGGCGACUGGCGCGAGGCGCCCACAGCACCAGCGUUCAACUCGGGGUUCAUGGACGCUCUGGUUGAAGAGAAUGUACUUUUUGUCAGUUGUGGACAUGACCAUGUCAAUGACUAUUGCAUGCUCAAUCGUGACGACAAGGAAAAGCCGAACCUGUGGAUGUGCUAUGGAGGUGCAUCUGGGUUUGGAGGCUACGGAGGCUACGACGGGUUUGUGCGUCGCAUGCGGUUUUAUGAAUUCGACAUGGGGCCUGGCCGUAUCGUGACGUACAAACGGCUGGAAUACGGCGAUACCGAGUCGCGCUUGGACGAGAUGAUGAUAGUCGACGCCGGGCAGGUUCGGGAUAUGUAG